AUGGGUUUGAAGGAGGAGUUUGAUGAGUAUGCUGAAAAAGCCAAGACUCUUCCAGAGUCAACAACCAAUGAGAACAAGCUCAUCCUCUAUGGCCUGUACAAGCAAGCCACUGUUGGUGCAGUGAACACUAGCCGCCCGGGAAUAUUCAAUAUGAGGGACAGAGCAAAAUGGGAUGCAUGGAAGGCUGUUGAAGGGAAAUCCAAGGAGGAAGCCAUGGGAGACUAUGUUACAAAGGUGAAGCAGUUGCUGGAAGAGGCUGGAGCUUCUACUUGA